CCAAUCUUCAAUCUAAAGUACAAAGAGCAAAGUACGCGAUUCAUGAUCGUGAGGCAAGUCUGCAGUUUAAUCGCCUAUAGUAAGCAAGAUGUUGAAGCAGGUACAAAAUAUCUUCAAGCCAAAUUAUUUGGGCGCUCUUAGGUACGCUAGUUCGCAUCCCAAUGGCUACAAUUUUGAACUGAACGAAACGCAGCUGGAGUUUCAAAGCGUUGCCAGAAAGUUUGCGCGUGAAGAAAUCGUUCCUGUUGCUGGAGAAUACGAUAAAUCCGGAAAAUAUCCAUGGCCAAUUAUAAAGAAAGCCCACGCUUUGGGUCUGAUGAAUGGACACAUCCCAGAACAUUGCGGUGGUUUGGCAAGUAGUAUUUUCGAUGGAUGUUUAGUUGCUGAAGAGUUGGCAUACGCUUGUACCGGGAUUAUGACUGCUUUAGAAGCUAGCGGAUUGGGGCAAACGCCGGUUAUUAUUGCGGGUAAUAAAGAGCAGCAAAAGAAGUACCUUGGAAGACUGAUCGAAGAACCUCUCGUAGCUGCUUAUUGCGUUACGGAACCGGUGGCCGGAUCCGAUGUGAAUGGAGUUAAGACGCGCGCAGAAAAAAAGGGCAACGAAUGGAUACUGAAUGGUCAAAAGAUGUGGAUCACCAACGGUGGAGUUGCCAAUUGGUAUUUUGUGUUAGCUCGAACCAAUCCUGACCCGAAAGCUCCGGCAGCUAAUGCUUUCACCGGGUUCAUUGUGGAUGGUGACAGCCCUGGCCUUACACCGGGAAGGAAGGAAAUAAAUAUGGGACAACGCGCUUCCGAUACUCGUGGUAUCACCUUCGAAGAUGUGAGAAUUCCUGCGGAGAACGUUCUCAUCGGCGAAGGUGCUGGAUUUAAAGUUGCUAUGGGAACUUUCGAUAAGACCAGGCCUCCGGUGGCAGCUGGUGCUUGCGGAUUAGCACAACGUUGCUUGGACGAAGCUUCGAAAUACGCGACUGAGAGGAAAGCUUUCGGCACGUCAAUUGGAAAUCAUCAAGCUGUUGCGUUUAUGCUGGCUGAUAUGGCCAUAGCAGUCGAAACUACCCGAUUGGCGUGGAUGAAGUCUGCUUGGGAUGUCGACAAUGGAAAGAGGAACAGCUAUUCGGCCGCUAUAGCCAAAUGCUAUGGAGCUGAUAUAGCGAACAAGUGCGCAUCCGAUGCAGUUCAAAUCUUCGGAGGCAAUGGUUUCAACAGCGAUUAUCCCGUAGAGAAGUUAAUGCGCGACGCUAAAAUCUACCAAAUCUACGAAGGCACCUCCCAGAUCCAGCGCAUUAUCAUCAGCAGGGAAGUCUUGGGCAGAGCUAAAACUUUGUAAACAUAAAUAUUAACUUCAACUAAAUUAUUUAAAGUAAU